AUAUUGCUCUGGUAUUUCUGCCAAAGACACCACGGCCCUCAGUCUCUCGGAGAAGGACUUCUCACACCCUUGGUGCUCCAGCCCCCAGCUCAUUCCACCGCUCCCACCAUGUGUGAAGAAGAGACCACCGCCCUUGUGUGUGACAAUGGCUCUGGCCUGUGCAAGGCAGGCUUUGCAGGAGAUGAUGCCCCCAGGGCUGUCUUCCCCUCCAUUGUGGGCCGCCCUAGACAUCAGGGUGUGAUGGUGGGAAUGGGCCAGAAAGACAGCUAUGUGGGGGACGAGGCUCAGAGCAAGCGUGGGAUCCUAACUCUCAAGUACCCUAUUGAACAUGGCAUCAUCACCAACUGGGAUGACAUGGAGAAGAUCUGGCACCACUCCUUCUACAAUGAGCUUCGAGUAGCACCAGAAGAGCACCCCACCCUGCUCACAGAGGCCCCCCUAAACCCCAAAGCAAACAGAGAGAAGAUGACCCAGAUCAUGUUCGAAACCUUCAAUGUCCCUGCCAUGUAUGUUGCUAUUCAGGCUGUGCUCUCACUCUAUGCAUCCGGCCGUACCACAGGCAUCGUUCUGGAUUCGGGGGAUGGCGUCACCCACAAUGUCCCCAUCUAUGAGGGCUAUGCACUGCCCCAUGCCAUCAUGCGUCUUGACCUGGCUGGACGGGAUCUCACAGACUACCUCAUGAAGAUUCUCACAGAAAGAGGCUAUUCCUUUGUGACCACAGCUGAGAGAGAAAUUGUACGAGACAUCAAGGAGAAGCUGUGCUAUGUAGCCCUGGAUUUCGAGAAUGAGAUGGCCACAGCAGCUUCAUCUUCUUCCCUGGAGAAAAGCUACGAGUUGCCUGAUGGGCAGGUCAUCACUAUUGGCAACGAGCGCUUCCGCUGCCCGGAGACCCUCUUCCAGCCUUCCUUCAUUGGCAUGGAGUCAGCUGGAAUUCAUGAAACAACAUACAAUUCCAUCAUGAAGUGUGACAUUGACAUCCGCAAAGAUUUGUAUGCUAACAAUGUCCUCUCUGGGGGCACUACCAUGUACCCUGGCAUUGCUGACAGGAUGCAGAAGGAAAUCACAGCCUUGGCUCCCAGCACCAUGAAGAUCAAGAUUAUCGCUCCUCCUGAGCGGAAGUACUCAGUCUGGAUUGGCGGCUCCAUCCUGGCCUCUCUCUCCACCUUCCAGCAAAUGUGGAUCAGCAAGCCAGAGUAUGAUGAGGCAGGGCCCUCCAUUGUCCACAGGAAAUGCUUCUAAAGUCAGAGGGCCUUCUCUGGGGAUCCCCACAAGACUGCUGUCACCAGCCACAGAUCAUUAAAACCUUCAAGCCUUA